AUGGAAAUUAUUGAUUAAGAGUCGCGUAUACUUAGUUAGAGAAUACUAAAUGAAUUUCAUUUAAAUGAAAUAAGAAAUAAUUUCAUUAGUAUUUUAGGAAUCAAUAAAACUCAUUUUGGGUAAUACCUCUAAAAAUUAUCUCAAGAAUCACUGAUUUCACCAAUCUAAUACAUAGAUUGGCAGAAAAUAAUCAGGUCUCAUAAUUUACUAUCCAAGAAUGCUUUAACAUUUUCGAUGAAAACAAAGAUGGAAAACUUGAUUGGAAUGAAUAUUUAAAGUUGUUUGUAGAAUACCUUAAAAAAGUAUAAUGUCUAACAUACUUGAAAUCAUAGUCUUCCCUUGAAGAAUAGAGUUAGUAAUGGAUUACAAUUAAUUUCUAGAUAUCUCCAAUAAUUAUAAAUAGCCUUUUUAGCAUCUCCAUUCAAAUAAUUGUUUACAACCUAAAAUUUAUAAUCAGUUGAACAAAUUUUAGCAUCCUUUGAAAAUAGAUCAUCAAAUAAAUAAAUUAAAAAAUAUUAUUUCAUUUGCAGAGAUUCUUUUGAACCUUCAUUAAAUUAACUUCAUUAAGAUAUCAUACUAUUUUAAGACUUUAAUAUUUUGCCAGCAUAAAUUAUAUAAGUUCUCAAAAGUUUAUUAUUAUAAAGAUUACCCCACGUAAAAAUUAACAAAAUAGAUUAUGCCAAUUAAAUGAUUGUUUAGAUUAUAAAUAAUGGUUAUUGCAAUCAUUUAUUCAAAUUACUUUUAGUUGAUGAUGAAAAAGAAUAAGGUUAAAAUAUUACAGAUGAAAAAGAUUAAAAUUAAAUUCUAGGAAUGCAAGCACUUACAUUAAUUGCAGCUACUAUUCACAUCUAUGAUAUUCAAAUACUCAUACCAAUUUAAAGUAAUUUAUUAGUAGAUACAAUAUUAAAUAUCAUCUCUGAAACAUAAAAUGAUCUCAUUAUUGAAUAAGGAUAUAUAUUACUUGGACAUCUAAUAUUAUACGAUAAAUCAUUUCAAUAAAUAUUAUUUACUAAAAGAUAAGCAUUAUUAGAUAUCUAAUAAAUUGAUGAUGAAAAGAUAUUCUAUCAUAGUUGGUUUAUUGGUUGUCUAUUCUCUAGAUAUGAAAGUCAUUAAGCCAGUAAAUUUAUGACUUAAAUGAAUAAAUUACCAGAUAAUUUACUUUGGCUAUAAAGUAUUAUUGCUUAUUAUUAAUAAUAUGGAUUAAUUUAAUCUAUAGAAAAAAACUAAAUCAGAAUACAAAUUUAAAUUAAUAUGCUUAUUAUUAUUUAACCAUUAUUGGCUACAUAAAUACAUUAAGAUGUACUUAUAGCUUUAUUAUAAUAAUUACAAAAUUAAGCUACAGAUAAUAGAUUUAAAUUAUAAAUUUUAAGUACCUUAAAAAAGAUAUUUAAAUUACCUUAUCAAUUAAAUUAUUAAAAUUUUACUGCAUAAAAUAUUCUUCUAUCCAAUAAUCUAUUGAAUAUUUUAAUGUAACUUAUUACAGAUCCUAAUUCAUAAAUUAGUUAUUAAGCAAAAAAAUUAUUUUUUAAAACUCUAUGUCUUGAAAAUUCUGGAAUACUCUUAAAAUAUUUAUAAGAAUCUAAUAAUUUAUAGUCAUUCCUUUAUGUUCUUGAAAGUCAAUUCGUUUAAAAUGUAGAUGCUAACUUUUAAAAGUACUUUAAAUAUAAAAUACUUACAAUCUUAAGAUUAAUGAGUCAAGAUAGUAAUACCUUUUAAAUUCUAUCCACUGAUUAAUGGCUUUUCAAAUUACUCAUUAAAGCACUUAAUGAUAAUAAUUAAGUCUUUACUUCAAAUAAUUAGAUAAUGAUUAAUUGUCAAUAUGAUUAUCUUGUUAUUAAUGAAAUUACUGAAUAUUGCAUCACCUUUAAUCUACAUUUUUAACCAAUGUUGAGAUAAAAACCAUAAUUAUCAUAUUAAGCCUUAGAAACUAUCUAUUAAAUACUUCCAAAUCAAUAAGCUAUUAAUGAAAUUAAAUAAUAUUUUGUUAAACUUUUAGAGAAUAUAGAUAAAUAUUAACCAUUAAUAUUAAAAAAAUAUUUGAAACCCCUCUAUUAAUCAGUUUGUGAGAUAGUUACUUAAGUAACUCAUUUGAUAUUGUCAUUAAAUGAUCUUAUUAAGAACAAUCAAGUAUUUCAUAAUAAUUUUACCUCCUUCUUACAAUAUUUAAUAAAUGAUCUUGCUAUGUUUUAAGAAUAUUUAACAAGUAAAAAAGAAUUAAUUGAUGAUACUUUAUUAAUUAUUGGCACUGAAGCUACUUAUGAUGGUUGUGUUGUAACCACAGUUUAUUUAAAUACAUAUUAAAAUUCCUCUAAAUGCAAGAUAGUUUUAAAACCAUAGCUUACCCUAUUAGAAUUUGAAAAACAUGUUGAAUAAGGUUUAUAAACAUCUGGUCCUCUGUUAUACUUAGUAAUUAAUUAGAAUCAUCCCAAUAAAAUACCAUAUGAUGAUUUUUCAAUCAUAGAUGAAGUAUGUUUUAGGAAAUUCAAAGAACUUGCAGAUUAAUUUAUAGAAACUUAAUUUGGAAGUGUCAAAGUUUCUUAAGAAGUAAUAGCUGUUGAACUCUUUAGAUUAAAGAUGGAAGAUUAUUCAAUGAAGAAAAUAUAUGAAAUCUUAAAUAAAGGUUCAUCAUAUAUUUAAUUCAAAUAAAUUCAAGACAAUUAGAUGUUAUGGUUUUUGGAGAAUAAUUCAGGUAUGUAUUAUUUGUAAAUAUUCAAUAGAUACCAAAGACAAAGGUUAAUAAUUGUAAUAAAUAUUUUAAUUGACUAAACUCCCAUAUACAUAUAUAGAGAAUCUUUUCGAUGUAUUUUUAAUACUAUUAUAAUACCUAGUCAAUUAAUUAAUUCUUUGAUAAAAAUAAUCUAUAAUAGUAAUAUAGAUAAAUACAACAAGAUAAUUUUAAAGAUUAUUUAUAAGAUAUGAAAAUCCCACCCUUAUUAGGUGAUAAAAUUGCCACUUUCUUAGCAAGAAAUGGACUCAAAAAUCCAAUUGAUUUCUAAGAUUUUAUUUGUUUUGUUUCUAUAUUUUAUUAAUAAAGGUAAUUUAUUUAAAUUAUUAAAUAUUUAAGUUUUAGUGAAACUAUAAUAAUGAAGUUUACUUAUCUUUUGUAUGCAAAUAAGGAAGGAAAAUUUGGAAAAGAUUAAUUAUGUGAAUAUUUGUAAACAAUAUUUGUAAUUACUAAAUUUUACUUUAGGAUAUUUAAAACUAAAUAAUUUAUGAAUAAUAAAUUAAUGAAUGGGGCUCAAAUUUAUUUGUUAAAAUUGAUUAAAAUUAAGAUGGUCAUAUUUCAUUUUAUGAAUACCAUGCUUUAUUAAAAGAAGAAUAAUAUCGUGCUAAGCUCUUAGAUCCAAUCUGUGCACUAUUUACAAAUUUGCCAUUUCAAAAUACAACCAAUCGUUUCUUUUUUGGAACACCUUAAAAAUUAUUUAGAAGUUGA